AAGAGAUGGAUCCACCCCCUUCAACCGCACCGGUGGGGCGCUUGCGCUUAGGGUCUUUUAAACCGUUUUCCGAGUGGGAAGAGGCGUUUCUAAGAGGAGGAGGAAUUGGCGCCCCCGGAAGUGGUAUCCACCGGAGUGCGAGCCUUGCGGCGGAGUGACUGUUGGAACAGAGCUGGUGGCGCUAGGCUUAGUCGGGUCUUGCGGCUGGGAGUGAGGCGAGGAAGAAGAAAGGAUCCUCCUUGGUCUUCUCAUUCACAGGUUAAGGCUACUUUCCAGAUAGUCCAACAACUAAGUCAGCAGUUUCCAAGGACACUUGCACCACCUAUGGAAAACAUCGGAUCCGUGCACACCAGACAGAUUCUUGACAACUCGUCCCACCAUCCCCCUGCACAAAAGUUGCUGCACCAGCGGACAAAGAAGGCGACCACUGAGUUUCUUUUCAUUACGAAAAUAGAUAUAAUAUCCCUGCCAGCAAAAAAGAGUACACAAAGUGUCUCUUCAUAAUUUCACAACCAGUUGAGACCAUGCUAAGAAAAUCAGCUUGCCUAGAUGAGGACCCCUUCUCUUCUUGGGUAGCCAGGAUUUGAAGGAGAGACUCUGACCUGUGCCACUGGUAAGUGACUAAAUUUUACACACUGAACUGGUCCUGAGAACUGAGCUGUCUUCUUUGUAAGUGAAGAAUAUACAACAUAAUCUUGAAGAACUGCACAGUGGUGCGAGCCAGAGGCAUACUGUGUGUGUGUAACAGACUGAGAAACAGACAAAUGAAUCCUAUUGAAAGGAUUUCUCAUCUUCUGCUUCUAUUUGCCAGUGUUAGUGUUUUACUGGCUUAGAUUGUUACCUUUUUCUGGUACCUUUUUUUCUAUACUGUUGUUCUAUUCUAAUGGGUCCUAGAAAUCCCUCUCCUGACCCCUUAUCAGAAUCAGAAAGUGAGGAAGAAGAAAAUGCUAACUACCUAAAUGAGAGUUCUGGGGAAGAGUGGGAUUCCUCUGAAGAAGAGGACCCUGUGGUGCCCAACCUAACACCUCUUGAGAGUCUUGCCUGGCAGGUUAAGUGCCUUUUAAAAUAUUCUACAACUUGGAAACCUUUAAAUCCUAAUUCCUGGUUGUAUCAUGCUAAACUCUUGGAUGCUAGCACACCAGUCCAUAUACUUCGAGAGAUAGGACUAAGACUCUCCCAUUGCUCCCAUUGUGUACCCAAACUGGAACCAAUUCCUGAAUGGCCUCCUCUAGCUUCUUGUGGAGUCCCACCUUUUCAAAAGCCCCUUAUGAGUCCCAGCCGGCUUUCUAGAGAUCAUGCCACUCUAAAUGGGGCACUGCAAUUUGCCACCAAACAGUUAAGCCGAACAUUGAGUAGAGCCACUCCCAUACCUGAGUACCUAAAACAAAUUCCUAAUUCAUGUGUUUCUGGUUGUUGCUGUGGCUGGUUAACUAAAACAGUUAAGGAAACAACCCGCACUGAAUCCAUCAACACUACUUACUCCUACACUGACUUCCAAAAGGCAGUUAACAAACUCCUAACUGCAUCACUAUAAAGAUCCACCGUUCCUUCUCAUAUCUCUCGUGUUGCCAGUUGAGAAAGGAAUACAGUUCCACAGCCCACAGUUGAGAAACUAACAACGAAACUGUCCUGAUAUGCCAAAAUACGAUCAAGUACUGAAUAUAAUACCCAAGAGUCCUGUAACUCAACUACAGAAGAUGCGCAUUGUGAGCAUUCCCUUUGAAAGACCCUGUGGUUAAAAUGAGAACUUCAGUGGAGAAUUAGUCAAAAGGGACCUUAUUACAAGAGAUAAGUUGACUAUUCUCCACACUUAGUUCUCCCUGCAAUUUACUCUGCCUGUCUAAUGGACUUAACUAGACACCUAAUUAUUAAUGGGAAGGAAAAGGAAGCCACUACCCGAUUUGUUUCCCAACCUUCAGAAUAGCCAUUGUGGAAAGUGGUAAGUUAGCUACUCCCAGUAACACCCUUCUGAGCAUACUUUUCUCUGAUAUUCAUUUCUAGGGAGGUAGUUGAGUUAAAUUGAAUAACUAGAUAAAAGAAAAUGGUGGGAAUAUGGAUUUAUCUCCCACUUUUUAUAUUGGUAGACCUACAUAUGGCACCCUUUAGGAGUUCCUAUUUUGGGGGGAGGGAGUGCAGUAGUGUAGUAGUAGCCUACACUGCUCCAAACCUAUUAUGGAACCUGCAGUUACAGUAUAAACAUUUUAUAGGCUCCCACCAGGCUGUCUCUAGUUAAAGUGGCUUAUAAGAUCAUACCUGGGGAUUAAACAGACACCUGUUCUGUAGGCAAUAGAUUUCCUGCAUCUUGGCAUCCAGACCUUAGUCAAGAACAAAUAAAACCCAUUCCAAAGACCAAUGGGAAAAAAUUAAGAGAGCAUUUAUGUUAGUGGAUUAAAGUAUUUCAUCUGUAUGAUGUUCCCUGAAGCAGUAUUUCAUGCACUUUCCACGUCCAUUGCAAACUUUUCAGGAACUUUACUGCAGAAAAUCUCAGCCUAAUACAGUCUGAAGUUGAAGAGUUUUUUAGCAUCAUUGUUUUUCUACAUCUAGCUUUAGAUUUUUUUUCUGGCUGAAUAGAAAGGAUAUGUACCCUUGUAAAUGAGUCUUGCUGUGUUUAUUUAGAUGAGUCAAAACGUAGAAAUCAACAUACAUAAAAUGCAUGAGACCAGUAAGUCUUUUCACAUACCUCCAAUAAAGAGUGAAACCUUUGUGUGACCCUGGUUGACUGGGCAUCUAAAGGGAAUCAGAAAACAGAUUGUUAAAGAUAUAUCAUAUAUCCUUCCUUAUUUUAGUUUUGCUUUUUCCUAUUCUCCAUAAUUAAGUGCUGUAUACAGUGUGGCAUCAAAAAAUUGAAGCAUUAAUGGAAUCACAAAUUCUAUAAAUGUAUAGCAACUUUAAGGAGAGAGGAGAAUGUUUAUAACCGAAUGAGUAGUUCCUGCUGAACCUUAGUUGCCUCCUCUUGAGGAAAAAGGAGGGAAUUAUAGUAGGUAGAAAAAAAUAUUUGUUAAUGGAAAAUUUGUUACUGAACUGAAACCAUAUAAUGUUAGUGUAACUGAAUGUAUCAGUAACUUCCUGUGUAGAUGUUCUAUGAAGUUGGUUUUUAAAAUGUUACAAAAACCUGUUUCUUUCUUUCUUUGUUUUUUGUGGUUUUUUUUGUUUUUUUUGUUUUUUUUUAGGGGAAGGUGGGAAGAGGUAGAGGGGUCUAAAAAUUAAAAUAUGUUGAUGUUUAUGUAACCAUAAUAUGUUCCUGUGUGUGUGUGUGUGUGUGUGUGUGUAAAAGUGCCUUGUUCAUGAACACAUUUUUGCUGUUCAUUCCCAAAGGAAGCCUUUCCCCAGCUUCCCAGCUGAAUAAACCAACAGCUUUGUACAUGCUGAA